AUGAGUGCUGAUAACGACAACAAUGCGACUGAAAAGUGUUUUCAUGCUACUACCGAAAAUGUUAUAAAAACUCGUAUUUACCAAUGUCGUUUUGGCACGACGUUAAUUGCCUUAACAGGGAUUACUUCAAAACCAAUAUCCUUCCAUACUUUGACAAUGUUAUCAUAUCACCGGGACCAGGACUUUGGAAUUUGUGGUAAAUUGCUUGAAUUGGAGGACUGUAGUGUUCCUGUUCUUGGCGUGUGUUUGGGGCAUCAGGGAAUUGGAGCUGCAUCUGGGGCUAAAGUAUUUUUUUUUGAAAUUCCACACAAUGAUAUAAGUAAAGAGGAUUCUUUAUUUUUUGGAAUUCCUGAGGCUUUUUAUGGUGUACGAUAUCACAGUCUUGUGGUAGACCAUCGACACUUACCAUCAGAUCUAAUGAUUACUGCUUGGUGUUGUUCUAACGAGGAGGAAAAUAAUAAUUUUUCAUCUUCAGAAGUAAAUAACGGAGCAACAACACCACACAUGAUUAUGGGCCUCCAGCAUAAAUACAAACCUAUUUAUGGAGUUCAGUUUCAUCCCGAAUCUAUAUGCACAGAGUACGGUCAUCAAAUAUCGAAAAAUUUUCAAAAAAUUACUUGCUCUUUUUUAAAGAAGCAUGGAAGAUUUUUCCAACGUCAUGAAUUUCCUUCUCAUAUCCAAGAUAUUUCAAUUAUCUCAACAUCCAUUAGUAGGUCUCGAGAAAUAUCAUCGUCCUCUUCUUGGACGUCUCCCAGGUACCACAUAGUUCUUAAAAGGCUCGACAAAAAUAUCUGGAUAGACUCGGAGAAAGUAUUCGAGAAUGUCGUGUCUGCUGAUCCGUCGUUAUUAGGCACAUGGUGGCUGGAUAGUGCUAGGCGACCAGAUCCUCAAAGUCGUUUCUCAUUCAUGGGCUCAACUCCCUCUGAAGCAAAUGCAUUCUCCACUUUCUACGCGACGUUACCCAAGAGACUUCAAAUCACCUGUUCGAAUGGAAUCGUGAUGUCAAAAGUACUAACUGGAGGUCAAACAUUUUGGGAUUGGAUGUCUGAAACUAUGGAUCUUUUUAAUAAAUGCGUUACUAGAGUAAACGUAAUCAUUGAUGACGAUUCGAUAGAUCAACAAGUCCCCUUUGAUUUUCGGUUAGGAAUGAUAGGAUAUUUUGGAUACGAGAUGAAACGUGAAUCGUUGUCCGGGUAUGUGAUACCACAAGAGCAACAGAAGAAAAACAUUUGUAGUCAAGUUGACGCGGCAUUUAUAUUUGCUACGCAGGCAAUCGUGUUUGAUCACCUUGAGAAGCGAAUAUGGCUUGCUGGGUUAAUACGUGAAAAAGAGUACUCUGUUAAUAAUGUUUUCGAGGAUAUCAAAGAUGUGCUUGGUAUUACUACGGGGUUUUCGCCUCGUGAUUUUGCGGCUUGGAUUAAGGCUACUGAGAAUCGUCUGCUUUGUCUAACAAAAAGGCAAUUUGAUGACAAUGUGAUGCAAAUGAAUUUCAAUAGUCAUCGAUGUAAAAACAGCAAUGGACAGUCUUCUGAUUACACAGAGAAUAAAUCUGAUAAAAAGCAUAUGGGCAAACAUUCAUUAGAAUCGCAAAUAUCAUCAUUCACUCCUGAUAGAGAUUACCCAUCGUAUAUAAAUGCUAUAGAACAAGCACGUUCAUUUAUACACGAUGGACAAAGUUACGAAAUAUGUCUAACCACCCAAAUUCGUACAACCUUAAACCGAUUAGAUGACGUUCUCGAACUAUACAAACAUCUUCGAAGAAAAAAUCCAGCUCCUUUUUCGGCAUUGUUUGACUUCGCCGUUGAAGAUUUGGUAAUACUAAGUUCGUCGCCUGAAAAAUUUAUAGAGAUUUCAUGCGAUGGACGUGUGGAGAUGAAGCCGAUAAAGGGUACGGUGGCUGUUGCUUCUGGAUGUUUUUGUGUGGAGAGAUGUGACGGGGGCGAACAAUGUGAACUGAAUCGGAAAAAGGAAGAUCGGAAACGAGUAGAGUCCUUAGAGUGUAGCGUCAAGGAGCGAGCGGAGAAUUUAAUGAUUGUCGAUCUGAUUCGUCACGAUCUGGUGCAUAUAUGUCUACCAGGAACAGUUCGAGUUCCACUACUAAUGAAAAUAGAGACUUAUGAAACAAUGCAUCAAUUAGUAACAACUGUUAAUGGAUCUUUGAAAAGUGACAUAGAUUGUGUAGAAGCUGUGCGUAAAUGUUUUCCUCCUGGUUCUAUGACUGGAGCGCCUAAACUACGCUCCGUGCAACUUUUAGAUGAUCUCGAAAAUCAUUUACCUCGUGGCGUUUAUUCCGGAUGCUUAGGGUAUCUAUCAAUGGGUGAUGGAACGAAAGCUCGAAAAAAGGGCAGUGCGAUGUUUAGCGUUGUUAUUCGAACAGCGGUUAUUGGAAAUGGAACUGAUUUGUCAAUUGGUGCUGGUGGUGCAAUUACUUUUCUUUCUAAUGCGAAUGAAGAGUGGCGCGAAGUGAUGUUAAAAGCGCAAUCAGUUAUCCCGAGUGUUUUAGCAUUUAUCAACGGAACACAAACAACGACAACAACGUCGUCUUAA